GGCCAAUUGCGCGACGUGCCAUGUCCCGGCGACGCUCGCUACAGUCGCUGACGACGGCGGCGGCGCCGAAUGAGGGGCUCUCGACGACGACGAUGGGGCUGCUCAUCGGCGGCGGUGUCGUCAUCUUCGUGCUCCUCAUCAGCAUCGUGUGCCACCUGCAGGCCAAGGCCAAGCGCCGGGACAAACUGCUCCGGCGCGAAGCCCAGCGCAUACAGGAGACGCGCGCGAUGAUGCAGUACGAGCUGCAGUCGGACGUCGAGCCCCAUGUACAACUCGCCAACGACGUGCGCUUUGACCCGACGUUCGCUCACACGCGUAUCCCCCAUCACGAGCUUUUCAACCUUCGCCUCGUGGCCAAGGGUCCAGGCACGGUCGUGUUUCGCGCUGUCUUCAAUAUGAUGGAGAUCGCCGUCAAGCAACUACUGCCGUCGCAGUGCAGCUCUCUCUUGACGGUCACGGACUUUAUGCGCGAGAUUCGCCUCUCGUCGACGCUCGAGCACCCCAACAUUGUGCGCUUUAUCGGCCUCGCGUGGACGGAAGGCCCAAGUCUCAGUGACCUCUCGCUCCUCACCGAGUUUAUGCCCCAUGGAGACCUCGCGACAUUUCUUGCGUUUGAGCGCAGAACCCCGAUAGCCGACCGUCGGCUCCUUGCCUCGUGGGAAGCGCAUAAUCCGUUGCUGUCGCACCAAAAGUCUCUCGAGCGAAUGUCAUCACAGACAACCAACGGUCAGACGACCACGAAUGCCCAUGGCAGCUUCAAGGCGCCCAAACACAAGCGGCAGCGCAUCAAGCACGAAAUGACAGGCCUUGGAACGUCCAAAAUGACACUGGCCGCUGACGUUGCCGAUGCGCUCUCGUACUUGCACUCGUUCCAGCCGACGAUCAUCCAUCGCGACCUCAAGUCCAAGAACGUGCUCCUCAGCGCUACGUGGAACGCCCAGCUCAACGACUUUGGCUACAGUCGUGUGACCAGCCAGGACGAACUCAUGACAAUGAACGUCGGCACGAUCGCGUGGAUCGCUCCCGAAAUCCUCACGGGCGGCCGGUACACGGAGCAAGCCGACAUUUACAGCUUUGGCGUGCUCAUGUCCGAGCUCGACACGCUCGAGGUGCCGUACAUUGAGCACACGCGCGACUACAUCCAAUCCAAUCACCAAGAGCUCGAGAACCACUUGCACCACCCGCGUGUCAAAGCCAAAGCCAAGGUGCUUAGCAACGCGUUUAUUGCGAUGCUCGUCGGCGAAGGCAAGCUGACGCCGUCGUUCACGAGCCACAUCCCCGAGGCACUGCUCGAACUUGCUCAGCAGUGCCUCUCCUUCCACCCCAACGACCGCCCGACAGCCAUCGAGCUCUCGUACCGGCUGCGAUCGACGAUCAACACCAUGACCGACUCGAUGCGACCGUCGAGAUAGACAACAUGUACAUCGUCUGUUUUUGUGUUGACAACACUCCAAUUAAGUUAUAAAUCGUUGGUUGCAACGUUUUACGUCGUCAUA